AAUGCAUAACGGCCUGUGUCUAGCGUGCGAACAUCGCUCGGAUGAACACAUGCGCAUUGACUGGGAGCUCAGAUACAAGCCGAACGGAUUGGCGUCGCAGCUUUCAAAACAACUUGAUAUUGAAAAACUGAAUCAAGAUGCUUUGGAAGAGAGGAUCGCCGAUCAGAAACGAGUUGCCGAGGAUCUUGAAGCUGAGCUAUCCACAUUAAAAGCUGCCUUGUCAAGCUUUGGUUCAUAUAUCAGGGAUCACAGUCUGGCGUUCACCAAUCACGCAGUCUUUGAGUAUUUGGAUGAAAUGGAGCGUUCAACCCUGCCUACCUCUCCAAAAAGUGCCUCAAUUGCCGCAAGGGUCCAACUCGCAUUCAGUCGAAUCAGGGAACAAUAUCAAGCUGAAAUGGAUAUCGUGAAGCUGCCGGAUGCUUCAGACGAAAUCAGUCCAGGCGGCGACCUCCCAGAACAGGACUCCGUCGUUAAAUUGGUAGAAGAGCUGAGGAAGCUUCCACUAUCAGGUGGAUACUUUGCGGAGCCAGAACCAAUUUCUGAACGACACAAGCCUUCGACCCAAGAACAGGCCCAAGUGUCCGAUCAAGCUGCGGACGAAAAGCAAGCCGCGGAUUCCAUAUCCAACGACGAAUCUUGGCACAUUUCCACCAGCAUCGUCACAGCAGUCAGAUCGAUCAUGGCCCUAGUCUAUCUCUGGAUCACAGUCGUUGUCGUGAGUGUUGGAAAGGUGGUUGAAGUCUUUCGUCCAAACAAUCAUGGAUCUCAAGAAUGUUGAUUGCGUCGACCUCCCGUGGCUUUGCCGAGCGUGAGUCGAACAAGUCUUGCAUAGAGCGCCAUCUUCAAUGCGUAACACGGCAUUGGAGAAUUAUUAAAUCGAUCGGUAGGGAAGGAUAUGUUGGCAGUCAUUAUUCCUCGUUCUGCGAUCAUGUGGGGGAGGGUAUUUCAGCUGAGUAAUGUCCAAC